AUGGGAAUCUUAGGCUUAUCCAAGCUCCUCUAUGACAAGUCUCCGAAUGCCAUCCGGGAGCGAGAGCUGAAGAGCUUCUUCGGGCGCCGCAUCGCCAUCGACGCCUCCAUGAGCAUUUACCAGUUCAUCAUUGCCAUGAAGGGAUUUCAGGACGGGCAGGGGAUGGAACUUACAAAUGAGCAGGGUGAUGUGACGUCACACCUCAAUGGGCUCUUUGCCAGAACACUCCGCAUGAUCGAUGAGGGAAUCAAGCCCAUCUACGUCUUUGAUGGCAAGCCUCCGAAAUUGAAGGCGGACGAGCUGGAGACGCGCCGUCAGAAGGCUGCCGAGGCAGAGAGGGAGUUUGAGAAAGCAAAAGAUGCUGGUGACGACGAAAUGAUGGAGAAGAUGAGUAAGCGGACGGUGCGCGUGAGUCGAGAGCAGAUUGAAGAGAGCAAGAAGCUUCUUCAACUCAUGGGUGUACCUGUGAUCCAAGCGCCGUCCGAAGCGGAGGCGCAGUGCGCCGAACUGGUGAAGAAGGGCAAGGCUUGGGCGGUGGGCACGGAGGAUAUGGACGCUUUGACGUUUGGUUCUACAGUCAUGCUCCGUCACUUGAACAUUAGCGACGCCAAGAAGCGACCCAUUGCGGAAAUUCACCUCGACGAGGUGCUGCAGGCAACGGGUCUGUCCAUGGACCAGUUCGUCGAUCUUUGCAUUCUUCUUGGGUGCGACUACGUUCCUAAAGUUCCCGGGAUCGGGCCGCAGAGGGCGUGGGAGGGCAUUCAACGCUAUGGCAACAUCGAGUCGUUUCUGGAGUCUCUUGACGCUGCCAAGCACAUGGUGCCUCCCGACUUUUGCUACCGGGAGGCCCGCGCCUUUUUCCUGAAUCCGGAGGUCACUCGCGCGGAGGAGAUUGACAUUCGAUUCUCAGAGCCAGACGAGGCUGGGCUGAUUCAGUUUCUCGUGAAGGAGAAGCUCUUCAACCCCGAUCGCGUCAACAAGGGUAUUGCGCGGCUGAGGGCUGCCCUCACCAAGAAAACGCAGGGACGACUGGACAAUUUCUUCACGAUCGUCAAGGCACCACCGCAGGCAGCUGCCCCCCGUGCACCGCUCGCUGGUAGAAAGAGGUCUCACGAUGGAAAAUGUGUGCACGUCUCCGGAACCCUGCAGAAAGCGACGGGCGGCCACAAAAAGGCUGUGAGGAAGUAG